AUGCAUACCAGGAACCUGUUAGCGAGAGGCUUUGUCACCAUCUGGGCUUUGACCUCGUUUGCAGCUCUUUCUGCGGCAGUCUGUACCGAGUGGGCGCAGAUCACAACUGAGACCGAGAGUGACUCAAAUUGGUCUACCAGGUUCUCCGAGAAGGUGGAUCAACAAAAAUGCCCAGAGACUGCAACGACGCGUUGUAAAUUCGCAGGUCCGAAAAAAUAUCACGUCACAAUUGACCCGAGGCUUAUCACCAAUGUCACCCAUCUUGGCCUCGACUCACAGGAAAGAGACGCAAUCUUCAGAUUGGCGGCUGACGGAUACUCCAAAGCAACGAAUAGUACCUCGCGUACCGCUUUUGUCAAACUCGAAGGAUCUGUCAACACAGAGGAGCUCUUUGCAACCGAUUCGCCAAUCCUUAAGUUCGAUCCCGGCUUCAACACAUCACUGCUAUUUGUCCCCUACAUGAAGACCUCAAUUGGUAAGCUGGGUGGUUGCACCAACGCUUCUCUCAACGGGCUCCAAGUGUCGGCGGCUGCCCCGUAUCUGCAACGGGAUUCCAAAUCCAAUGAGUCUAUUAUUGCGGGAACUUGGGGAAGCCAAGGUGAACGGAGUGUCCCAAUUCAGCCAAGCACGACAUCAGCCACUUCUCCAGUUACAACAUCCCCUCCCCGACCUACCAGUGGCACCUACAAGCAGAUGAAUGCCACCGGCAUAUGGGCUUGGUGGGUUCCGCUAGCUCUAGCCUGGAGUGCCUACUGCCUGUAA